AUGGAUGAGGGAUCAGAUAAGGCCCCUCGGCGCAAGAGGGUCUCCCGAGCUUGCGAUCGCUGUCGCAGUAAGAAAGAUAAAUGCGACGGUAUUCGCCCCACUUGUUCGGCCUGUCAGGCAUCGGGCCAGUCCUGCUCCUACGAUCCCCAUGCGAAGAAACGCGGUCUCCCCGAGGGCUAUGUCCGUGGCUUGGAAAAGCUAUGGGCGCUGUCGAUUUGCAACAUAGAUGGGUUCGAGGAUACUAUGCUGGCCAUGCUAGGAAACACCGCCGAAUCCGCUGGUCGUCGCGAGAAAUUGAUGUCUGUGUGGUCGGACGAUAAUGCCUCUGAGAGUUUACACGAAUCCUGGAAAACGAGUCGGCUGUUUGGCGCGCUGGAGAAAAUGCUAUCUAAUUCCGAGGCGCCGGGACCGGUGACCGGGAAGCGAUCGCGUAAUCAGCAAGAUGAUGGCCCCGAUGGUCAAUGGGGAUUCCGAGUAACGCGCACUUCCACCCCACUCGGUCCUGGUGCUCCGCGUGUAGUUGAGCCUUUUGCCUCAUCGCCGGGCGGAAAGAGACCUCGAUUAUCGAAAGAGUCAGAUGGUCGGGGUAUCAUGGGACCUAGUCCCCAUACACUGCAAUUGCCGCCUCAGACGUCCCAACUACUCGAUAUCUACUUUGCGGUCACGCAUUCAUGGUUUCCCAUUGUCGCCAAGCAUAACAUUCUCCGCGCUUCUUACCUUUACGCCAAUGCCCCUUGCUGUAUUGCCACGACUUCACCCGGGUCCGGCGAUCACGCCGCCUUGUGGGCAAUCCUAAGUUACACUAUCACUCAAUUGCGAACAAAUUCACGGGCUGGUCCCGCUGGAACAAUCGCCCUGGCGAAAGAAUACUAUGCUGUCUCGCGAAAGCUCAUCCCCACGGAGAAAGAGCGCUAUGAACCUGGUCAUAUUCAGGCACUGCUGUUGCUGACUUUGGUGAAAAUGGGCCUUGAAGAUUGGACCGCGGCUUGGCUGUUGAGCGGCCAAGCAGUGCGCAUGGCGACUGCCAUGGGUCUUGGAACUGUGUCAGACAGCCGGCGGUCUGAUGAACUCAGACAGGGCAAGGCGGUCUUCUUGGGAUGCUUUGUAGUUGAUUCAUUGCUCUCCUUCCGUCUUUCACGGAGCCCAGCUAUGCCUCCGAGCGACCUCACUACGGUGGGACUUUUAGAAGAAGAUGGAUUGGAGGAGUGGAACUCCUGGGUGGACGUUUUACCACCCACGGGUGCUCCACAGGGCAGCAAGAACCCACCGCGCCGAGGACCCCUCUUGGCUCUGAGCUGCUUCAACCGCAUGGUUGAGUUGGCGAGCGCUCUCAAUAAGAUAACCCGUCACAUGUCUUCGGGAUACAAUAUGGCCACCUUUGCGCAGCAAUUGGUCAUGGAGCUUAAACAAUGGGAUGACUCCCUACCGUUGGGAUGCCGAUUGAUUGGACCGGAAAGCAUAUAUCCAGAAAGGCAUUCAGCCUUGCUUCCCCACCAGAGCUACUUAGGGCUGACAUAUGUCGCUACCCUGCUUUGGCUCUAUCUUCAAUUGAUAUCGGGUGAGCAGGGGUUGCAUCGUUCACAGCGCCCAGCCACAGAGGGGGCCAAGAAGCUCCUGUAUCGAGGCCUUUCUAUGGUCACCCAACACUUGGAAAAUUUCUCCGUGUGCGGUCUUCCACCGCUGUUCGAGCUGAGUCUUCGCACAAUUGCAGAGCAAGCGACCAGACUCCGGGCCACUGACUCAUCAGAUACCUUCCCCUUCGCCAGGUGGGCAGACGAGUUCCGACACAAGACGGCAGCUUUCGCCACCACAUGGCCAGCCUAUGGAUCUUUGGUUUCCAUCAUGGAGAGGUGGCAGCACUCCAAAAAUGUUGGGGGGCCAUCCACUUUCCCGGGGGCAGUCGGUCCCCCAUUUUCGGGUACACCUAUGGCAGGCUCCAUGCAACCCCCAGGCGCAGCUCGCAGCUUGCCCUUGAACGGUGAAGGAGAUCACACCUCUUCUAUUGUUGGCAUUAGUAUGCCAGUUGAUGGGCAAUCUUCGACCCCAAAAGACACAAUAAUGGAAAACACAGAUCUAGGCAUGAUGGACGUGUCAUUACACCGCCAAAGGGAACUACCAUCAACCUUACCAGACAAGAUUGCUCCGCGCAACAGAGCAGAUUCCGUGUAUGGCACGGCCAACGCCCAACAUCAAUAUCAACAGCCGCAACCCCAGACCCCCGACUCAGCAACCUCAAACCCAAUGAUGCUUGGAAACACCGUUACCACCGGCGACAUCGACGCCAUCUUCAAAGACCUUGCAUACCUCGAUACCACUGAAUGGUCCACGAACCGCGAGGCUGGUCUGAAGGAUUUCGGUUUCUUGGACGAUAGCACAUUCCAGGCUUUCUGCCAUGAUCCGGAUCGUUUGGGCGGAUCACAGCCACUGGUUCAUCCGCCUUCCAUAGCGGAUAUCUGGCCCCCGCCUGGUUUCUUCCCAGAGACCUUCCAGGAAGUCCCCGAGGAGUCUAUGGGCGGCUGA